AUGGUCAUUCCCCGAGACGACAACCGGCGGGCGAAUUUCGAGGACCAGCAGCAACAGGCACCUGGAGCGAACGGCCAGAUGAACCAGGAUCAGCAGCAGCAAGCACUUGGAGCGAACGGCCAGUUGAACCAGCUGCCUGGCCCGAUGGACCAGCAGCAGUGGCAGCAGCAGCAACAGCAGCAGGCUGGACUGAUCAACCAGCCACAUCAGCUCGGUGCAGGCCGUGGCGACGACGUUCCACCACAGGGGGUCGGCGCUAUGAGCAACUGCCGGCUUCCCCCUUUCUGGUGCACCGGACCCGAGCUGUGGUUUUUCCAGAUCGAGUCACAGUUCCAGGUGCACAACGUCACCAGUGACUCAACGAGGUACCACCUGGUCGUGGCGGCUCUGGACGUGGACGCCAUCGCCGAGGUCUCGGACAUCAUCCGCCGACCACCUGUCGUGGAGAAAUAUAACACGCUCAAGACGGCACUAAUCUCGCGGAUGACGGACUUACCCGAAGUUCAAUUGCACAAGCUGCUGACCGGCGUGGAGCUUGGCGAUCGACGACCCUCGCAACUCUUACGCCGCAUGAGGACGUUGGCCGCACCGGCAAAUGUGAGCGACGAGGUGCUCCGAAGCAGAUGGCUGGAUCUUUUGCCGCCGCAAACGAGACGCCUGCUUCUCGUCAUCAGGAAUCAGUCGCUCGAGGAUCUCGCGGCAGUAGCCGACGAGGCUCAUGAGGUCGGCCCGUUGGUCAUGGCAACGAGUCCCUCGCCCCGGAGGUCCCAGUCGCCGUCGAACCAGGUCGCGCAGGAGCUCGCACAGCUCCGCCGAGCUAUUGAGCAGCUCACUACCAUUACGCGCGAGUCCAUUGGAUCUAGCAGUGGCCAACGAGGUCGCUCCAGGAGCCGUGGGAACCGGCCGGCAAGAAACAGAUCGCCUACGCCAGCGAACAACGCGAGGACUGGAUAUUGCUGGUACCACGCGACCCACGGCGACGUCGCGGACAACUGUAAGCCAGGCUGCACGCAUCCGCUGACGAAAUACCCAUCAGCUCAAUCGGGAAACUAG